AUGUCAGCUCUUCAAUUAGCUGAGCUAUCAGUGAGCACCGUUGUUCAUAUCCUAUAUGCGCUUUACAUAUUCAGCUCCGCCGUCGCCGGAGAUCUCACUCUGACGUUGAGUGAAUCCAUCUUCAAACCCAAAACCACCAUUCAAGUCAAACAAAUUGACCAAGCAAGUACAGCGGAAGUCAAUGAUUUGCCUCCCAUUGUUCUAGUCCAUGGGAUUUUCGGAUUUGGGAAAGGAAGAUUAGGUGGUUUAUCAUACUUCGCUGGAGCAGAGAAGAAGGAUGAGAGAGUGUUAGUGCCUGAUUUGGGAUCUUUGACUAGUGUACACGAUAGGGCUAGAGAAUUGUUUUAUUACCUGAAAGGUGGAUUAGUUGAUUAUGGUGAAGAACACAGCAAAGCUUGUGGGCAUUCUCAAUUUGGUCGUUUCUAUGAAAAAGGUGAGUACCAAGAAUGGGAUGAAGAUCAUCCUAUUCACUUUGUUGGUCACUCUGCUGGUGCUCAAGUUGUUCGUGUGUUGCAGCAAAUACUCUCUGACAAGAUGUUCAAAGGGUAUGAGAACACAAACGAGAACUGGGUGUUGAGUUUAACAUCAUUGUCAGGAGCAUUAAACGGAACCACAAGAGCUUACCUCGAUGGAAUACAGCCAGAGGACGGGAAGUCACUGAAAACUAUAUCUCUACUUCAGAUUUGCAAACUUGGAGUGAUAAUGUACGACUGGCUCGACAUCCCUUGGCUCAAAUCCUAUUACAACUUCGGUUUCGAUCACUUCAACAUGUCGAGGAAGAAGACAGGUCUACGAGGCCUUGUAGACUGUCUUCUUGGAAACGCAGGACCUUUCUCAUCCUCUGCGGAUUGGAUCUUGCCUGACCUCUCGAUCCAAGAAACAAUGCGGCUCAACGCUCGUCUCCAGACAUUCCCGAACACGUUCUACUUCAGCUACGCGACGAAACGUACGAGAAAGCCUCUUGACAUCAUGACUGUUCCUUCAGGUGUGAUGGGGAUCCAUCCUCUGCUCUUCAUCCGAGUGUUGCAGAUGAGUCAGUGGCGGUUUCCUCGUCACCUUCCUCUGCCUUAUAAGGGUUACAGAGAUGAGGAUUGGCAGGACAAUGAUGGAGCACUCAACACUAUAUCCAUGACUCAUCCACGGAUUCCUGUCGAGCAUCCUAAUCUCAUUGUUUGUAGCGACUCGGAUUGUCUCCCGCUCCAACCGGGCAUUUGGUAUUACAAGAUUGUGGAGGCGGAUCAUAUUAUGUUUGUUGUGAACAGAGAGCGAGCAGGUGUGGAGUUUGAUUUGAUAUACGACAGUAUCUUCGAGCGGUGCAGGAAACAUGUGUUCAGGAAGAGUCCUCAGACAUUGCCGAACGAAGCUCACCAUUAG